AUGAGCAACGAUGUGGUGAAAGCGCUAAACGAGGCGAACCGCAAGGUCAGGGCGAGCACGCGCGGCCUCUCGCAGCUCGUCCCGUCGUCUGGCCCUUCGGCCGGCCCAGUGCCUAUAACCCCAAGUGGACUGGGGGAUAUCUUCGCCGCCCUCCUAACGCAGCUCAAGACUACAACUACGACCCUCGCACUGGCAUUCAAGCCGCCCCUCUCGCCUGACGCUAUCAAGCCCUACGCCGACCGACUCGAAGACCAAGUCGCGCGCUCUGUCUCCUGUGUUCUAGCUCUGGCCGGCGCCGCGCCUCCCAAUGCCGGCUCGAGCGCGUUGGUGGAGACCUGGAAGUCAGGUGUGAUGGAUAUCGGGGAGGCUGUUGAGGCGUUCCUCGCUGUCAUGGAAGACGCUGCUCGGACGGGAGCCGUGGACAAGGAGGGCGAACAGAGCCCGUACCUCGCUCAUACGGGGCUCGUGCAUGCCGCCAUCGACCGACUGGCUUCCAACUUUCCCCGAACUGAGGGAGAGGCUGUGGGGAGAGUUUGGGAGAGCCAGAAGGGGACGAUGACGGAUGCGUGGGACGAGUUCAAGGAGAUGCUCGAGGAUGAUGACGAAGAGGAGGAAGAGGACUUUGGGGAUGAUUUGGAUGACGAGUGGGGUAUCCUCGAGGCCCCAAUGGCCAAGCUGUCUGUGGGAGAGCGGAAACGUGCCGAGGCUGCCAAACCUGUCCUCAAGCUGCACCAGAUCCUGCAUGCCACCAUCCCCCGCUUCCUGCCGCCCCUCGUACUCUCGCCGGAGGAGUCGUACGCAGACCUGUUGUCCGCUGGCCAAGUACACGUCGGGGCACUCGACGACGCCGUGUCUUCCUUCCAUCCAGUCCAGGACUCGCGGGAGAUCAACAAAGAGGUCGACAAGCUCAACAUCGAAGGGCGGGCGCUGGCAACUGCGUUUGCUAGUCGUCUCGCCCGCGCUGGACGGGAACACAAGACGUACGCGGUAGCUUUCCAGUUUGUGACGCGAUGGGAGGCCAAGCUGGCCGAGGAGGUGGCAAAGUGGGAGGAGAAUAGGGUUAGCUUGACCGAGCUCGGGGACGCGCUCGCGUAA